CUACUGGUGUAUGUAGAUUUCUCAACAAGGUGUUGGCAAAUAGAUUAAGCUUGGUGAUUUCAAAGACAAUUCACUAUGGAGUAGUGUGUCGUUAGUAGACGACGAGUUGUUUCAAUUGCUGCUAAAACUUUUAAUAAAAUGAAAUCGACAAGUGGCAAGGGAGUGGUCUUUAAACAGGACUUCGAAAAGGCAUAUGAUUGGGUUAGUAGGCUAGGGAAGUCUUUUGGGAUUAAAUGUUAAAAAUGGAUGAAAGGGUUUCUCAAUUGUGCUUCUUUUUUCAUUGGUGGUCAAUGGUCGACCCAAGGAAUGGUUCAGAUAAACAAGGGGUCUUAGACAAGGAGAUGCUUUAUCUCCCUUAUUACUUUGUUUGGUGGCAGAUUUUUUGGGAUUUCUAUUAUCGAGGUGUUGGAAGGGGGGGGUGGGGAUUGAAGGUGUGAGCGUAGGCAAGGAUAAUCACGUUAUUAUACUGAUGACAUUGUUCUUUUCUUGUCGGCAAACCGACAAAAAUUUAGCUGUUUUUGAGAAAAUUCCGAGAUUGAAAAUCAAUACUCAUAAAUCUUAUCUUGCAAGCAUAAACUUAGAAGGAAGAGAAUUGGAUACUUUGGCUAAUCUGGCUAAUUGUGAAGUAUUAAAAUUUCCCAUCAUUUACUAGGGUUUAUCUUUGGGAUAUAGCCCUCGAAUAAAGAUUUUUGGGCCCUGUUAUUAAAAAGGUCUUGAGGAGGCUCGAUAGAUGGAAAAAGACAUGUUUCACUUUGGGAGGUAGAAUUGCAAUCAUCAAGUCUUAUUUGAGGAACAUUCCUAUCAAUUUCCUUUCGCUUUACAAGACUUUUAUCUCGAUUAUUUGAUGGAAAAGAUGAUGAGGAAUUUCUUUCGGGAAGGAAAUGGUGAGGUCAGAAUGGACCAUCUAGUGAAUUGGGACAACAUAAGGCUUCCAAUCGAUCAAGGGGGUUUGGGAGUCGGUGAUAUACAACAUUGCUUGGAAAAUGGCUAUGGACAUUUUCUCGUGAACCGAUUUGUUUGUGGCGUAGUCAUUAGAAGAAUCUCUAGAGCUCCUACCACUCAAUGGGAAUUGUGUGCAUGUUCCAGCUCCUCAUAUUAGAGAUCUAUAUCCCAGAUUCAGCAGGUUAUUGGCGAUUUUAGUUUCGCUGCUCCCCAAUCUGGUUCUAAAGAUAGCACUCCACAACUUGAUCAACUGGCAAUUGCAUAUUCGACUUCUAGUCCUUCCACUACCUUGGUUGAUGGUCCAACUGAUGGGUCUGCAACAAAGGAAGUCACGCAAUAUGAUUCACAUCUCAUGACUCAGAAAUUUGGAGUUCCGUGUAUGGUUGAGGUACUUCAUUUCUUGUGUUCGUUGUUGAACAUUACUGAACAUGUGGAUCAGGUUCGGAAAUCCAACUCUUUGGCUUUUGAUGAAGAUGUGCCCCUUUUCUCCUUGACCUUGAUUAAUUCAGCCAUUGAGUUAGGUGGAUCUUCAUUCCAUAGGCACCCACGUUUACUGAAUUUGAUUCAAGAUAAUUUAUUCUGCAGUUUGAUGCAAUUUGGUUUAACUACAAGUCCACUCAUUCUUUCCAUGGUUUGUAGCAUUGUUCUGAAUCUUUAUUUGCACUUGCGUUCUAAGCUGAAACUACAGUUGGAGGCUUUCUUUUCUUCUGUGAUUUUGAGGCUUGCACAGAGCAGGUAUGUGGCUUCUUAUCAGCAACAGGAAGUGGCUAUGGAGGCCCUUGUUGACUUUUGUAGGCAGAAAACAUUUGUAAUGGAGCUGUAUGCUAACUACGAUUGUGAUAUUAGCUCUAGGAAUAUAUUUGAAGAGUUGGUUACUUUGUUAUCAAAAAGCGCAUUUCCUGUCAAUAGUCCUCUCUCCACGAUGCAUAUUCUUGCUUUGGAAGGCUUAAUUGCAGCCAUCCAGGGUAUCGCUGAGAGGAUUGGGGAUGAACAGGUUGGUCGGGCUAAUGUUCCCCUCGCAUUUGAGGAGUAUAAGCCAUUUUGGUUGUUUAAGUGUGAUAGUUAUGAGGCACCUGUUCACUGGGUUCCAUUUCUUCGCAAAAUGAAGUUUAUCAAGCAGCAAUUGUCGACUGGCGCUGAUCAUUUUAAUCGAGAUCCCAGAAAAGGUUUAGAAUUUCUUCAGAAAAUACGCUUGCUCCCUGAAAAACUUGAUGCGCAAAGUGUAGCCUUCUUUUUAAGAUUUACUUGUGGGUUGGAUAAGAAUGUUGUUGGGGAUUUCCUGGGAAAUCACGAGGAGUUUAAUGUUCAGGUCCUUGAUCAAUUUGCACAGACUUUUGAUUUUAAGGGCAUGACUUUAGAUACUGCAUUACGGAUAUUUUUGGAGACAUUCAAACUCCCAGGAGAGGCACAAAAGAUACAGAGAGUUCUCGAGGCAUUCUCAGCUAGAUACUACGAGCAAUCGCCGCACAUAUUCGCUAACAAGGAUGCUGCACUUUUGUUGUCCUAUUCAAUUAUACUGCUUAAUACUGAUCAACACAAUGCACAGGUGAAAAAGAAGAUGACAGAGGAGGAUUUUAUACGGAAUAAUAGGUGUAUCAAUGGUGGUAAUGAUCUUCCUCGGGAGUUGCUGUCCGGGUUGUAUCAUUCAAUCUGUGAGAAUGAGAUACGUAUUUCUCCAGAGCAAGGUUCUGGACCGUGUGAAUUGAGGCAGAGCCAUUGGAUUGAUCUUAUGCAGAAAACCCAGAAUACAGCCCCUUAUAUAGUAGCAGCUUUUAAGCCAUAUCUCGAUGAUGAUAUGUUUGCUAUAAUAUCAGGACCAACUGUUGCUGCUAUUUCUGUUGUAUUUGAUCAUGCAGAAGAGGAGGAUGCUUACCAACUUUGCAUUGAUGGCUUCUUAGCUGCUGCUAAGAUUGCAGCAUACUUCCAUCUUGAUUCUGUGCUAGACGAUAUAGUGAGCUCCCUUUGCAAGUUUACAACUCUCUUGAACCCAUCAUAUUAUGAGGAUUUUCUUUAUGCUUAUAGUAAUGACACAAGGGCUAGAAUGGCAACAACUGCUGUGUUUACUAUUGCCAAUAGCUAUGGUGACUAUAUUCGAACAGGCUGGCAAAAUAUUAUAAACUGCAUCUUGCGUUUUUUUGAGUUUGGCUUUCUUUCUUCCUUUUCUGUAAGUGAUGUUGCUGAUGAGCCAGCAUUCUCCACUGUCUCCGGAAAUGUUAAGCCUCUUGCUAACUCAAUAUCUUUGCCUCACAUGCCAACUGUUGCUCCUAAGAAACCUUCUGGGCUGAUGGGCCGCUUUAGUCAGCUCCUAUCCUUUGAAGUAGAGGAGCCAAUAUCUCAGCCCUCUGAAGAAGAACUUGCUGCUCAACAGUGUAUCCUGGAGAUAGUUCAGAAGUGCCAAAUCAACAACAUUUUUUUAGAGUGUAAAUUUUUACAAGCAGAUUCCUUGAUGCAUCUAGUAGGUGCUGUUGUGGCAGAGCAGGCUCAGACAGAAACUAGAUAUCCUGAGGAUGAAGUUAAUGCUGUUUUUUGUCUUGAGUUGUUAAUUGCUAUCACUCUGAACAAUCGAGAUCGGAUCUCACUAUUAUGGCAGUCUGUCUAUGAGCAUAUCUCUAAUAUUGUUCAAUCAAUAGUGGUUCCUUGUGCUUUAGUAGAAAAGGCCGUUUUCGGGCUUUUAAGAAUUUGCCGACGCUUACUGCCCUAUAAAGAAAAUUUAGUUGAUGAACUUUUGAGGUCACUCCAGUUAGUUUUGAAGCUUGAUGCUCGAGUUGCUGAUGCUUAUUGUGAACAAAUUACACAGGAAGUAGGACAGCUUGUGAGGACAAAUGCCCACUGCAUUAGAUCACAAAUGGGGUGGCGUGUGAUCUUGUCUCUUCUUGCCAUUACAGCGCGGCAUCCAGAUGCGUCUGAGGCUGGGUUUGAAGCACUAUGUUUUAUAAUGGGCGACGGCGCACACCUAUUACCUUUAAACUUCAUUCUCUGUGUUGAUGGAGCAAGGCAAUUUGCUGAAUCUCGUGUUGGUGAAGUGGAGCGAUCUGUUCAUGCAUUGGAUUUGAUGUCAGGAUCAUUAACUUGCCUAGUGCAGUGGGCACGUGAGAGCAAGGAAGUUAUGAAUGAGGAUGCUGCUGCAGCUGCCAUGUUCACUCAGAACAUUGGUGAGAUGUGGUUGAGACUUGUGCAAGGAUUGAGAAAGCUUUGUUUGGAUGACAGAGAGGCAGUUCGAAACCACUCUCUUUUUUCACUCCAAAAAUGCUUGAGUGGAGUGCAAGAGAUCCAUCUUUCACAUAACCAAUGGUUACAGUGUUUUGAUGUGGUCAUUUUCCCACUGCUGGAUGAUUUUCUUGAAAUUGCACGAGGGCCGUCUUCAAAAACUUACAGAAACAUGGAAGCGGUGCUUGUGGUUGCCAUCAAGCUCCUGUCUAAAGUUUUUUUACUCUCUAUCAAUGAAGUUAUGCAGUUGCCAAGAUUCGAAAAACUGUGGAUGUCCGUAUUAAGCCAGAUGGAAAGUUAUAUGAAGGUCAAAAUUAGAGGAAAAAAGAGUGAGAAACUUCAGGAACUUGUUCCUGAACUCAUCAAGAACUCGUUGCUUAUAAUGAAGGCAGGAGAAGUCCUUAAACCAGAAAAUGGGUCAAGUGGAGAUACUAGUAGUUUAUGGGAGUUAACAUGGUCACAUGUGAACAAACUUGCACCUUCUUUGCAAAGUGAAGUGUUUACAGAUGCUGAAUUAGAUAAAGCCAGAGCUAGAGGACAGACUAGUCAAGGUAAUAUAGAAGCACUCCAAGUCUCUACCUGUGUCAGUGUGGUUUCUACCACAACCAAAAUUGUGGCUCAAGAAGGUUAACAAUUUAUCUAGAGUGUACUUAUUUUGGGGGUGGUGGGAGGUAACUGUUCCUACCAAACAAUGAACAUUGAAAAUGCUAAAUCUCCGCUGAAUGCUCGUCUGAUGCCUAGUGUUUCACUUAAUAACUUCGCUGAUGAGGAGUCCAUGGCGUGGACUGAUAUUGGGUUACGUCGAUGGCACUGAAUACAGAUACAAAGAAGGGUUGUAAGCAUGGUUACUAAUUCCAUGGCUCGCAUUCAUAUAGAUGUACAUGUUUACAUUGGUUUUUUGACACUACUGUAUGAACAACUAUUCCUGUGAGAGACCGUCUUUAAGUGGGGUGGUUGCAAUACAAGGAACUCGUGAUUUUUCUUUUUAAUUUGUAAUAGUUAAGCUAUUAAUCCGUGUAUGAGAUGUUUCUUAUGGCCUCAUGCAACAAUUUGUGCUGUGUAAAUAGGCGUUUACCAGGCACUGCAACUGCAAGUUAUGUGCGGGCCAGGCCUAUUGUCCACAGAACGGGAUAUCAGCAUUCAGCAGUUUGGCUCUUUACUUUUCGUAAAUUAUAUGGAAUGAUAUUUUACUGAA